AUGUCAGGGAUCUCUACUCCUGCAAUUCAACUCAACGACAUGCCUCCCAACCCCAGCGAAAUGACAGAAGCCAAAGACUUCGCCGCCAACCCAAAAAGCCCAACGCUCUUUUAUCAACACAGUCCCUUCGAUAAUAGUAUGCUUGAGCCGCCGGAGGAUCCCUUGACGGAAACCAUAUCGGCCACCGACAGCGAGUAUCCCGCCGAGGAUGGCUAUCUCAAUCAGCGCAGGCGGUCCAUGAGCCAUCAUUUGAUGAGAACAGACAUACCCUCACGAGAAUGGCUACACGUCCAAGCCAACUUCUGGAGAGCCUGCAUGAGACUAGGUAUGCUUUUCCAUGACUGGGCACCUCCAAGAGCACCACGACCUGCUUUCAAGCAUGAAAUUCGUACCGACACUGUUCCCAUCGAGCUAUUCUUCUACUUGCCGCCCAAUUAUCACAACACCCUUGACUCAGAUGCUUACUACAGAUUUCCCGCUGUGAUUAAUUUCCAUGGCGGCGGCUUUGUGCUGGGAGAUGCAAGCGAUGAUCGUUACUGGGCCAGGGUUGCCAUGGAACGGACCAAUGCAAUCUUCGUCAGUGUGAACUAUCGAAGAGCCCCAGAACAUCCAUUCCCCGUUCCUGUCGACGACUGUGCAGAAGCUAUCCUCUAUGUGGCAGAGCAUGCAACUGAACUCAACAUCGACCCAGGGAAUAUUGCACUAUCCGGAUUUUCUGCUGGUGCCAACCUAGCAUUUGCUGCGCCCCUCAGGAUCCAGUAUCAUUAUGGUAUCGAUGUCAUUAACGGGACAAAGAGCUCUAGUCCCACAAGACCCGGCACCUCUGAGACCGACAUGAGCAACCGUGAGGAUCCCUAUUCCGAUGAUCACAGCUUUUUGAGUGUUGGACAGUCGACUGCCAGCCUCAUCCGCGCGAAGACGAUGACUCCCCUUCGAAUUCGAUCAAUAGUAGCAUGGUAUCCUCUCCUGGAUUGGACCAUGUCCCGAUCUCGGAAGAUUCGGGAGUCAAGGAACCCGAAAAAGUGUCUCUCCAAAACAUUCACCGACCUCUUCGACGUCAGCUACUUACCUCCCCCAGACGUCGCUGGAGAUCACUGCAGCCCAUAUGCCUCACCAGGACUGGCGCAGGAUCACAUGAUUCGCGAUGGUCUUCCUCAAGAAAUGCAGAUGUGGCUGUGCGAAUGGGACAUGCUACUGGCUGAGGGACAACAGCUCGCUGACAAAUUUGAGAGACUAGGUAAAAACGUUGACAGCAAGAUGAUUCCACGGGUACCUCAUGCCUGGGACAAAUCGGUGAAUCCGUUCCGGGAUCAAAAAGCCAUCGAUAUGUUAUAUACGAAAUCUGCGAUCAAUUUAAACAAAGUUUUCCAGGACAAAGACGGCAUCGGCUGGGGCAAUUCCAUGAGCUCCCUACACCCGGCGGACACCAUCAUCGAAAGACAGCCCAGACACAGCGUGGUGAUGCCAUUGUGA